CCGGUCAGAAAACCGAUCCUUCGACACCCCCCGCGUUCCAUAUUUAAGAGCAACCGACUAACUUCGCGCUGCCAUUCAUCCCUAAAUCCACAGAUGGGUAGAGGCAGAGAGUCGGACAACGACGACAUCCCGCGAAGGCGGGACUCAAGGUUAUCCUCAAGGGUGGAAAUUCCAGAAGGGCGACGUCGCGCCGACCUGGAAAACGAUCGCUACUCUCCUGAUUCAGUUAGGUCUUUAUCUCCUCGAUACUCCUCCGACGAUCGUCGUGGCCGUAGCGGUAGUCGUAGUCCGGUUAACGGUUACGGAAGAUCUCGUUAUGAAUCAGAUCGUCGCCGUGAUCGAGCAGAAUCCAACGGUCACGUAAACCCUAGGAGAAGCCCUAGGUCUGGUAACACGUCCCCCGAAGGUCGACGACUCGACCGUUACGACCGGAAGGAUCGCGGUGCAUCAUUUCUCGAUAGGGAUUUCAGGAACGGACGGGUUCCAGAGUCGGAUUCCGACGAGGAAUUGAAGGGAUUAAGCUACGAAGAGUAUCGGAGGCUGAAGCGUCAGAAAUUAAGAAAGAAUAUGAAGAAUUGUAUUUGGAAUGUAACCCCUAGUCCUCCUUGGAGUGAGAGGGAGCAGUCGGAGGAGCCGCUGGAUGAAGUGAAGGAAGCGGCAGAUAAGAUUACGGGUGAUGGUAAAAAUAGAGAUGGAGAUCGUGAUAAUGGAAUUGGCCGUGGUAGGGUUUCUGAAUCUGAAGAAUCUGAUAGUGGUUCAUCGGGUACGGAACCGGAUCCAGGGCCAGACACUGAUGUCUCGAAGCCGAAGAGAAAUAAGGGGAGAGGAAAGAGUGGUCGGCGGAAGGGUAAAUCUUCAAGUUCUAGGAGGCGUAGAAGUAGGAAAUCGGCUACUGAUACGGAAUCAGAUGAUGACAUGAGCAACUCUGAGGGCUCUGAAUAUUCCACUGAUGAAGAUAGUAGAGAUAGGAAGAAGUCAGGAAGAGGGAAGAGUAGGCGAGGGAAGAAGAGCAGCAGGCGUAGCAGAAAGCGAGGAAGAAGGAGGAAGAGUAGGGACAAUGAAUCUGAUGAAAGCUUGAGUGAGGAUAGUGGAAGUGAGGAAUCUGAUUCGAGCAGGGCCUCUGAUGAUCACACGAGAUCCAAGAAGAGGGGACACGUCAAGCCUUCUCGUACAAAAAGGAGGAGGAGAAGGUCUGAAUCGGACAGUGAGAGUUACACCGAGAAUUCUGACUCAGAUGCUGAAGAAAAAGGCAUUGUGAAGGCAGAUGACUCAAAGAAGACUGAAAUUAAUGCUGAGGUCCUCAAGUUCAAAGAGAUGAUUGAGGCGCAUAAGAAACCUACUCUGGAUAAUGAGCUGUUUGUGGGACCUGUGCCGCUUCCAAAAGCUGAAGGUCAUAUUAGCUAUGGAGGGGCUCUCAGGCCAGGUGAAGGUGAUGCUAUUGCUCAAUACGUGCAGCAAGGAAAGCGUAUUCCUCGAAGAGGAGAGGUGGGGCUUUCGGCUGAAGAAAUUCAGAAGUUUGAAAGCCUUGGCUAUGUGAUGAGUGGUAGUAGGCAUCAGAGAAUGAAUGCCAUCCGUAUUAGAAAAGAAAACCAGGUGUACAGUGCUGAGGACAAGCGGGCAUUGGCAAUGUUUAACUAUGAGGAGAAGUCGAAACGUGAGCACAAGGUUAUGGCUGAUUUGCAGCGGUUGGUUCAACGCCAUAUUGGGCAGGAUGUUGGUCCUACCCAUGAUCCUUUUGCAGCAAAAGGCUCCGAGGGUGCUGAUGCAUGAUCCUCAUGUUCAUGUCAGACAAUCCAAGAUGACCUGUUCUUUGGUGAGGAAUAUGAGGCUGCAAUAUUUGACAUAUUUGUAACCCUGUAGUGAUAAUUUGAAAGCAAGCAUUACAAGUAACGUUUAAAUCCCUCUGGAACUUGCAGGCUAUUACUUUUCUGAUUCAUCUCAUCUAUGAUAUUUGAUGGUUAACGUGUUACCAUUUA